AUGGCGGAAGAAAUCCAAAAGAAAAUGCAGAAGGAACUGGAAUUACUAGGUGGUAUCCAAAAAGAGUACCGUAAGGGGGUCGCUUUGAAACAACAAUUAGAUAGUCAGCUAAAUGAAAAUAAAGCUGUAAAGGAAGAACUAGUGCUGUUGAAGAAAGACGCAGAGGUAUACAAGUUAAUUGGUCCAGUGUUAGUAAAACAAGAUUUAGAAGAGGCUACACAGAAUGUCGCAAAACGUAUGGAGUAUAUUUGCAAAGAGAUUAAAAGAGCAGAUGACCACAUAUCAGCCCUAGAAAACAAGCAAGAAGCCCAUCAGGAAAAUCUGAAUAAGCUGAAGAAUGAUCUAAAUAAACUUAAAAUAAAGGCUUGA